AGAGAUAGAGGGGAAUAAAUUGUUACGGAGAAUAAGAAAAGAGUGAGAGAAAGACAGAGACAGAAAGCAAACAGGACCGACUAGUAACAGAGAAAAAGAUCGAUAUGUCGAUAUUUUCUAAAUUAAUCGACAAAACGUCGAACAAAUACGGUAUCCGUCAGGAACGUCUGACUCACGGAGUAGCCGGUGUCGUCACCGUUCUUUAUUUCCUCAAAAUUGGUUAUCCCUUUCUAGUUGCGAAAGUACGACAGCGCCGCCAUCGGCCAACUACGGCAAACGAACAAAGGAAGGACGAAGACGAUAGAUCGAGGAACGAUUCGAAAAGACGCGGGAAAAAUAAAAACGAUAGGAAGUUUAAUCGAGACGAAGAUCGUCGUUACAACGACGACGAUGACGACGAUGACGAUGACGAUGAUGACGAUGACGAUGACGGUGGUAACGACAGCGAUAAUAUUAAAUCGAUCGAAAUGAAAGAAAAGAAAAAUGAUACAAAGAAAAAGGAAAAACUUGUUGGCUUGGAUCGUGCAUUUUUAAAACAAUUAAUAACAUUAUUAAGGAUAAUGGUACCAAGUUGGAGAUCUAGAGAAUCUGGGCUAUUGGCUUGCGCCACUUUGACGUUACUAGCACGAACUUUUCUCUCCGUUUAUGUAGCCACACUAGAAGGACAGAUAGUUAAAAGAAUCGUUUUGAAGGACAUUCGUGGUUUCGUUUAUAUGAUGGCAAGAUGGUUUGCCAUUGCAUUUCCUGCUACAUUCGUUAAUUCGGCUAUAAGAUAUUUGGAGGGUCGGUUGGCUCUUAAUUUUCGGGAACGUCUGGUCGAACAUGCAUAUAAAAUGUACCUGAGUCAACAAACCUAUUAUAGAGUAAUAGCUCUGGAUACCAGACUAGGUGGUCUCGAGCAAAGACUGACCGACGAUUUAUCUGAAUUAGCAAGCUCCGUCGCUCAUUUAUAUUCAAGUUUAACAAAGCCAUUGUUAGAUUGCGCUUUGGUUGGAAUAGCACUGAUUUCAUUUUCAUUGAAUAUGGGAGCUAGGACUAUACCUGGUCCAUUAUUAGCAUUGGUCGUAAUCACCUUGACCGGACAAGUAUUGCGUCUUGCCUCCCCUCGUUUCGGUCAGCUGGUAGCAGAGGAAGCUACUCGACGUGGUCGUUUACGAGAAGCCCAUGCACGUAUCAGUGCCCAUGCCGAGGAGAUUGCAUUCUAUGGAGGUCACCAAACCGAACACCGUUAUCUUACUACGGCUUAUAAGUCUCUCGUAACUCACUUGAGAAGAAUCUUAGCUAAGAAAUUGUGGUACGUUAUGUUGGAACAAUUUCUUAUGAAAUAUCUUUGGUCGGGGACCGGACUUGUCCUAAUCGCCUUACCGCUUCUUUAUAAUUCUGGUAAUGGCUCGCAAAAAAAUGGAAUGAAAAUAGACGGCGACGGUGCAGUAAGCGAGAGAACCAGAUACCUGACAACUUCGAAAAAUUUGUUAAUGUCCGGUGCGGAUGCCGUGGAAAGGCUUAUGGUGUCCUAUAAAGAAUUAGUAGCAUUGGCUGGUUAUGCGGCACGCGUUAACGAAAUGUUUGAAGUAUUUAAAGACGCUGCACUUUGCAAGUAUCAAAGGAAUGUUGUCGUUAAUGGUACGUUAAGAACAAACAAUGUAAAUGCUUCGCAUCCGGAAAAGAUUGCUAUCGAAUUUAAGGAUGGUAAUCCUGUUAUAAAAGGAAUCGUACGAGAAAGUAACGACGGUAGUAUAAGUUUAAUAAACGUGCCAAUAGUAACACCCAACUGUGAAAUAAUAGUACCAAGUUUAACGAUGACUAUACGACCAGGCGAUCAUCUUUUGAUAACGGGACCCAACGGUUGCGGUAAAAGUUCGUUGUUCCGAAUAAUAUCCGGAUUAUGGCCUGUUUACGAUGGAACAUUGAUUAGACCAAACGAAAAUUAUACAGUUAGAGGUGGUAGACCAUCUUUAUUUUAUAUUCCACAAAAACCGUACAUGACUGUAGGAUGUUUAAGAGAUCAGAUAAUAUAUCCAGCCGCAUCCGAAACCGAAGAUUGUUCCGACGAAGAAUUAAUGAAAUUAUUAGAUGAGGUUGAUUUAAAAGGUUUGGUCGAACGUGAACCGGAUGGUUUAAAUGCUCUUGGUGAUUGGGAUUCGACUUUGUCGGGUGGUGAAAAACAACGUUUGGCUAUAACAAGAUUGUUUUAUCACGCACCCCAAUACGCGUUGUUGGACGAAUGUACAAGUGCUGUUAGCAUCGAGGCCGAAGGUAUAAUGUACGAGACAGCGAAAAAACGUGGUAUAACGUUGUUAACGAUAACUCAUCGAUUGUCAUCCCUCUCAAAAUAUCACAAAUUAUUGUUACGAUUUGACGGAGAAGGUAGUUGGACAUUAGGACCAUUAGAAAACGUCGACAACGUCGUUAAUUUGUUAAAUCACAAUCAAACGCAGGAUAAUGAUAAUCAAUUGAACGACAUCAAGACCGGCCAUUAUCAAAUGUUUCACGAACUUCGUGAAACGCAUACGGAGGACACUUACGUCGGAAUCAGCUGAAAUCAUUUUAACGAAACGUUAAUGAAUUUUAACCGAAAUUCAUAUAUUUUUUCAUUUCCAAUAUAUAUUUUAUAUAUAUAUAUAUAUAUGUAUAUAUAUAUAUAUAUUGGAUUGUGUAUAUUGUACAAAAUUAAUAUAUAAUAUUUACUAUAUAUAUAUAACGGAGAAAAAGGUAUUUUUAUACAAUGAGAUCAUUAUUAUAUCACAUUAAACUCGUAUAUUUCCGAAAUAUCUAUAAAAUGUAGUAUGUAUGUAGUUUAUUACGAUUUAUGUUUGUGUUGUUUACGGUUUGAUAAAUAUUAUAUAUACAUAUAUAUAUAUUUAUUAUAUAUAUAUUCUAUAUAUAUAUAUUUUUUAUAUAUACAUAUGUAUAUAUAUUUAUACACAUACGUUGUUAAACGAUACUAAAAAUAAACGAAUCUUUUGCUAUGUCGAAGUGCCUUUAUCCCAAAGACGCUUAUAUACGAGACUUAUGCUAAUUCUAAUUGUUUGUAAGUGAGAUAAUCUCGAUUAUUUAUUUCAAAUAAAAAUGAUUGCUUACAUAAUA